AUGGAAGACUACACGAAUGAGACCGACUGCGUCCUCCGAGACGCGGGCUGGAAUCCCGGACGUAGGGUCGAUACUGGCGAGUUGCGGCGCCGAUUGGAGCAGUUCGGAUUUGUCGUGAGCGAGGCGGCUGAGCGCUUUCUCUCCGAGUUCAACGGCCUGGUGUUCGACAUUAGCGGACCAGGGAUCUCCCGUGCCCGCGAGAGCUUCAAAUUUGAGCCCUUGUGGAACGAAGGCGAGGACGAUAGGUUCACGAAACGGAGCCAGACGAUUGGUGAAUCCCUCACUCCUAUUGGAGUGCUAGACCAGCGGUACCCCCCUUGGUAUCUCUGA